AUGAAUCCACCGGACAUUCGCGAUGACCCGGCUCUGCCGCAGCCGACGGCAGAGGUCGCACCUGUGCUGGAGGUGGACACCGACGGCGUACGUGUCCGCGAAGCCAUUCACCUCUUCUUGAGCCGCCUUGUCGAUCCGGUUCUACGCGCCAACCAAAGCCUCGCCGCACCGUCCACCAGCGGCGUCGACGGCGGUGACACCUCGCUGCACUACAUUACUGCCCAAAUGGAACGCAUCAGCACCUCCACUAGCUGGUGCACCUGCGUGGUGCGGUGGGCCGAUCUGAUCCGCUUCGACGAGGACGCCGCAGCCGUGAUCGAGUCCGACUACCAGCGUUUCUCCUCUUUUCUGAACGAGGCGCUUCACCAGGUGCUGCUGCAGUACUACGGAGAGGAGUACGGCAACCGCGGCCGCUGCUAUCCGAGCCUCGUCUUCUCGAACGUUCCUCGCUGUCUCACCAUCCGCUCUCUCCGUGCCUCGCUUGUGGGGCAGCUGUGUUGUAUUAAAGGCGUCGUUACACGCACCUCGCAGGUGCGUCCGGAGUUGCUGGUGGGCGUGUUCCGCUGCAGCGACUGCGGCACUGAAAGUCUACCUAUCGAGCAGCAGUUCCAUUACACCGAGCCGCCCACGUGCCGCAACACACAGUGCGAGAACAAGAACAAGUUCCAACUGAUUCCGAAUCACCCGCAGACGCGUUUCGGGGACUGGCAAAAGCUGCGUAUGCAGGAGGACGCCAACAACAUCCCGGCAGGAUGCAUGCCGCGCACGCUGGAGGUCAUCGUCCGCGCCGAUGCGGUGGAGGUGGCGAAGCCCGGUGACCGCGUGCUGGCGGUCGGCUGCGCGAUUGUCGUCCCGGAAGUCGCAAAGCUGUUCAACCUCGCCAACCGACGUGAGGUGCAGCGACAGAUGACGGGCGGGCAGAGGGCACAACAGGACGCGCAGGCCGACAUGGAGGGCGCCACAGGGCUACGCGCACUGGGUGUGCGGGACUUGAGCUACCGCAUGUGCUUCCUUGCCACCACCAUCACGGACGGCAACGGAGACGAUCGCAAGAUGACGCACGCGGUGAAGGAGGCCACCGAUGGGGCGUCUGAGAGGGAGGAGGUGGUGCUGACGCCGGCGGAGCGGCAACGGGUGCAGCAAAUACGGCGCCACGACAACCUUCUCAAGGCCCUGACGUCGUGCGUCGCACCGAACGUCUUUAAGCACGACGUGGUGAAGCUGGGCCUGCUGCUGCAGAUGGUGGGCGGGGUGCCGAAGACAACGGUGGAGCGUAUUACGCUGCGCGGCGACAUCAACGCCUGCAUCGUUGGCGACCCCUCCACGGCGAAGUCGCAGUUCUUGAAGUGGGUCUCGGCAAACAUGCCACGUGGGGUGUACACGAGCGGCAAGGCCAGCACGGCCAGCGGCUUGACCGCGACGGUCACCCGCGACGCCGACACAGGCGAGCGCACGAUUGAAGCGGGCGCGCUGAUGCUGAGUGACCGCGGGAUUUGCUGCAUUGACGAGUUCGACAAGAUGGAGAUGAAGGAUCAGGUGGCGAUUCACGAGGCGAUGGAGCAGCAGACCAUCUCCAUCGCAAAGGCCGGCAUCAAGGCGACGCUGAACGCGAAGACGUCCUUGCUGGCUGCCCUGAACCCCAUUGGCGGCAAGUACGACCGCCGCCGGCCGUUGCAGAAGAACAUCGCCAUGACGGCACCCAUCAUGUCCCGUUUCGAUUUGAUGUUUGUCAUCGUCGACGACUCUGGCGACGACGCGGACUACGCAAUUGCCAACCAGCUGCUGCGUCUGCACCGCUUCGGCGGAGCCGCCGUGCGCCCGCCCUUCACAACCGAGGACUUCCAGCUGUAUUUGCGCUACGCCCGGUCGCUGACCCCGCGACUUACCCCAGAAGCGUCGCAGCUGAUCGUUGCGGCUUACCGCGACAUGCGACUGCAGGACUCCCUGUCGAACCGAAGCAAGGUGUACCGUGUCACUACACGUCUGCUCGAGAGCAUGAUUCGUCUCUCAGAGGCGACCGCGAAGAUUUACAUGAGCGAGGAGGUGAGGCCCACCCACGUCGAAGUGGCACUGGAGCUCAUGCGGCAGUCCCUGUCGACAUUAGAUAUGACGGAAGUAGAGCUCGCCGAUGGGGCUGGGGAGGACGGGAGUUCCAACCAGGCGGAGCUGCAGAAGCGACAGCAGCAGCAGAGCACGACUGUAAAACGUGAGCCGGAGGCAGCGCACGGUGACGGCGCGGAGAGCGCGUACGCGGAGGCGUCCAACACGGGCGCGGAUGCCUUGUCGACUUCCCCCGCCGCUGCUGAUCCCCCGCGGCGCAAAGUCAGCAUCAAGGCAGACCACUACUUCGCCAUCGUGAACCGCCUCGUUGCGCACCUCAAGUCUCUCGGCGAGGACGCGGCUCCGACUCGGCAGGAGUUGGUGACGUGGUACCUCGAGCAAGUGAAGACGCUGAACCGCCCGCUGCUGGAGGCGGAACUGCGCUACGUGAAUCUUGUGCUGUCGAAGUUGGUGAAGGAAGGCAAGUUGUUGGAGGUGGACGUGAAGGAGGGCGACGCGCCCCGCAUUUUCCUCGAUCCGAACUUCAACCCGGACGUACCGCAGUAG